CAGAGUACAAAAAACUGACAAAAAGCAAUGAUUUUGGAGCUGGUCAGUCAGAAUCUUCCUUCCGGGAUAGCUGUCCUCAGGCCAGUUUCGGUGUGGCAGUCGUCGGUGGGGAAGAUGCCGCUCUCUAUGAAUUUCCGCACAUGGUCGCGCUAGCUUAUAAGAACCGAGGUCGUCUGGGUUACUAUUGCGGAGGCACCCUCAUAAGUGAGAACUUCGUUUUGACAGCCGCACACUGCAUCGGCACCAGCUUAGGGGAUCCAGUGCAGGUUCGUCUGGGCGAGCUGAUCCUGAACAACGAGGACGACGGAGCGAGCCCUGUGGACGUUCGGGUGGAACGGACAAUAGUGCAUCCCGAUUACAGGGACGACCGAAAGUACAACGACAUUGCUCUCAUCCGCCUCGAAAGGAAGGUCACUUUCAGCGCCUCCAUCCGGCCGUCCUGUCUCCAUCAGGGGGGGGAACUGCACCGGCUCCCCGAAGCCACCGGAUGGGGCUACACUGAAUUUGGUGGAAAGAGGAGCGACGCUUUACAGAAAGUAAAGCUGGAUGUGAUCAACAACACGCAAUGCGACCAACUGUACGACGCGGAGAGGCGGGAGCCCAAUAGGGCACUCGAAAGGGGCAUCAUAGAGACCAUGCUCUGCGCGGGGAAACUCGAUGGUGGUGCAGACACAUGCCAGGGUGAUUCGGGUGGUCCCUUCGGGCUUCCUUCCCGAGACAACGUAUGUCAACAUGUCAUCGUCGGUGUUACAUCGUUUGGGAAAUUCUGCGGCCAAGAAAAUUCACCAGGGGUCUACACUCGAGUAUCUUCGUACCUGCCAUGGAUAGAAAAUAUUGUCUGGAGCGGAGAGCAAUGAAACUAGGCAUUCAACAAAUAAUUUCAUUCUAAUUUUUCUAUUUUAUUUCAUGUUGUAAAUUUUAUAUUUUUGACUAAAAAUAUGUUCAUAAAUGUCUUGCCUAGGAAUGUAAAU